AUGCGUAUAAUUAAAUAUCACAUCUGUUCGUACCAAUAUCGAUUACUAAUAAGAAUAUUUCGACGACAUUCUAUUCAUCGUUCUGUUGCUCUAAUUAUUUUUCUCUUUUUAUGUUUAACAGUUUUUCGUCUAUUUUUCUAUACUACAUUGAUUAAACCUUUAAAUUUGUAUUGUUUUUCUUCCUCAAAUGUCAUUGUAUCAUUAACAAGUACACCACUACGAUUUAAUUAUGAAUUACCAAUUACUAUUCAUUCAUUAUUAACUCAAACAAAACUACCUAAACAAAUUCGUAUUUAUUUAUCACCCACUAAUAAAAUUAUCAAAUACAGUAAUUUAACAUUAAAUCAUUUAAAAAUAUAUAUAAAUCAUAUUGAUUCAUCGAUAUAUAUCAGUAAAUUAUUUGAUAAAUUAGUACAAAUUUAUUUCGAAGAAGAAGAUUAUGGUCCAGCAACAAAAUUUCUUCCUAUUAUAAAAGAAUCACAUUUAUUAUCAACAACUAUAUUAAACUCACAACAAAUUAUUAUUUGUGAUGAUGAUCAUUAUUAUCAUCCCGAAACAAUAGCUACAUUAAUGAAAUAUUCAAAUGAAUACACCAAUAGUAUUGUUGGAUUAAGAGGAUGGCGAAUUCGUGAAGAUCUUAUUUGGGGUGUAUCUGGUCAAAAAGAAAUCUUUUAUCAUAUUAUUGAAUCUUUUCGUCUUUUUAAUGUUUAUCAUGUUGGUAUUGUAACUGCUAAUCAUGCUUAUUUAAUUCGUCCAUCAUUUUUUGAUUCUCAUAUUUAUCUUGAUUUUAAUCAAGUAUCUGAUAAUAUUCGUCGAGUUGAUGAUAUUUGGUUAAAUGGUUAUGCAUCAAAACAAAAUAUAUCUCGUUUUGUUAUUCCAGCAUGUUGUCGUAGUAUUCAUGUAGUUCGAACACAUGAAUUAGAGAAUUAUUUAAUUUCACAUCAAAUGACACGAUCAUCUGCAAAUGAACAUGCAUUAAAAUGGUUUAAUCAAACAUGGGAAAAAGAUUUAUGGUAUAGAUUUAAUGGUCAAAAUCGACCAAUAUAUCGAAGUUGGUGGAUAAAAAUUUAUCGAGAAUGGACAGAUAUUAUUUUAAGAUUGAAAUUUUUUAUUUAUCUUGGUUUUAUUUAA